UCCUCAAUCUAAAUCACACACACACAUAUUACUUUUUUUUUUCCCUCCCCCCCCCCCCCCCUUCCUCGGGACUUAAUCUCUCACCCCCCCUUCUCUCCCCACCCUCCCCCUCCCCCCGGCCCCUGGCUCGGGGUAUAAUUGAAUAUCACAGCACUACUCGCUGGUUAUUUUUUUUCCUUCCUCCGCCUGUGUGUGUGUGGUGGUGGUUUUGGUUUGUUGGGGGUUUUUUUAAUUUUUUUUUUCUUUCCUGUUUUUUUUUUCUCCCUCCUCCUCUUGGUGUGGACACCUCAGCUCAAAAAAAAAAAUUACCGAUACCUAUACGUGUGGACACACACAGGGACACACACAGACGAGUACAUGUAUAUAUCUAUGGCUGUAUAAAAACAGGAGGAGAGACAAACAAGGGUGAAUUUCUUGUGCCUCCAUUCCCAAGGAAGGGGGGAGCAGCCGCUCCGCCGCCGUUUGUAAGCAUCACCCUUCUGUAGCAAGAGGCACCUGAAAGGAAAACUUCUGCAUAUCAAUGCACUGCCAAUGGUGGUGUAAUACCAAGGGCUGUACUGCUGCCACAUCACAAUUUUGUGGGGUUUCAGAGAGUAGUUCUGGGUUGUGUCCUUUGUUGUGACCUCAUGGUUUAACUGGGAAUAAAGAUGAGUAUAAGCAGUGAUGAGGUUAACUUCCUGGUAUAUAGAUACUUGCAAGAGUCAGGGUUUUCCCAUUCAGCAUUUACCUUUGGUAUAGAGAGCCAUAUCAGCCAGUCUAAUAUAAAUGGUGCUCUGGUGCCACCAGCUGCUUUGAUUUCCAUCAUCCAGAAGGGUCUGCAGUAUGUAGAGGCAGAAGUCAGUAUUAAUGAGGAUGGUACCUUGUUUGAUGGUAGGCCGAUAGAGUCUCUCUCACUGAUAGAUGCAGUAAUGCCUGAUGUGGUACAGACAAGACAACAGGCCUACAGAGAUAAACUUGCACAACAGCAGGCAGCAGCUGCUGCAGCUGCAGCUACAACUAACCAACAGGGAUCAGCGAAAAAUGGAGAAAAUACUGCAAAUGGAGAAGAGAAUGGAGCACAUACUAUAGCAAAUAAUCACACAGAUAUGAUGGAAGUAGAUGGAGAUGUUGAAAUCCCUCCCAACAAGGCAGUGGUACUGCGUGGCCAUGAAUCUGAAGUAUUCAUCUGUGCCUGGAAUCCUGUCAGUGACCUUUUGGCCUCAGGAUCUGGAGAUUCAACAGCACGGAUAUGGAACCUCAGUGAAAACAGCACGAGCGGCUCUACGCAGCUGGUACUUCGACACUGUAUACGAGAAGGAGGGCAGGAUGUACCCAGCAACAAAGAUGUGACAUCGCUGGAUUGGAACAGUGAAGGUACACUUCUAGCAACUGGGUCUUACGAUGGCUUUGCAAGGAUAUGGACUAAAGAUGGUAAUCUUGCCAGCACCUUAGGGCAACAUAAAGGUCCUAUAUUUGCGUUAAAAUGGAACAAGAAAGGAAACUUCAUUUUAAGUGCAGGAGUGGACAAGACCACAAUUAUUUGGGAUGCCCACACUGGUGAAGCCAAGCAGCAGUUUCCUUUUCAUUCUGCACCAGCGUUAGAUGUUGAUUGGCAGAGUAACAACACAUUUGCCUCUUGCAGUACAGACAUGUGUAUUCACGUUUGUAGAUUAGGACAAGACAGGCCCAUCAAAACCUUCCAGGGUCAUACAAAUGAAGUAAAUGCAAUCAAAUGGGAUCCAACUGGUAAUCUUCUGGCAUCCUGCUCUGACGAUAUGACUCUAAAGAUCUGGAGUAUGAAACAAGACAGUUGUGUCCAUGAUUUACAAGCACACAACAAAGAAAUUUAUACUAUCAAAUGGAGUCCCACAGGACCAGGAACAAAUAAUCCAAAUGCCAAUCUCAUGUUAGCAAGUGCAUCCUUCGAUUCAACUGUUAGGUUAUGGGAUGUAGACAGAGGAAUUUGUAUUCAUACUCUGACAAAACAUCAAGAACCUGUGUACAGUGUAGCUUUCAGUCCUGAUGGCAGGUACCUGGCCAGCGGCUCCUUUGAUAAAUGUGUACACAUCUGGAACACACAGACAGGUGCCCUAGUUCACAGUUAUCGGGGAACAGGAGGGAUUUUUGAGGUUUGCUGGAAUGCAGCAGGAGACAAAGUUGGAGCAAGUGCAUCAGAUGGUUCAGUUUGUGUAUUAGACCUACGGAAAUAGCGCUACUAGUUGGAAGCCAUGGACCGACUAUGAAUGUGUACAUAGCCAAAAUGACUGUCCCUGACCCAUGUACUGCUAUAGUCCCAAUUGAACCAUGGCCAGUCCACUACAGCCAAACGUAAAAGAAAUAUAUACAUAUACUGUAUAUACAAAAAAAAAGGAAAAAAAAAAAGAAAAAAAAUUACACCCUGAAGAGGAUGACAGAGUUUUGUCACAGCUUGUGAAUCCUGUUCACCAAGUGCUGGAAUCUGCUGUGCCCCAAAAUAACAUUUAAAGGUUUUGGAUAUGAAAAACGGAAGAGAGAGUGAGAGAGAGAGAGAGAGAAAUAUACCAUAUACAAGAGCAGACCCAUAUACAUACCAAAUUCAGAAGAUACUAAUGGCAGCCUUCAUUACCCCUUCCCCCAUUAAAUCCAUUACAAGAAUGGAUUGUGGGGUAGCUUUGUUUUCCUUCUCAGUAGUUGAGCAGUUUGUGUGUACAGAGAACAUGGACUUACAGAAAUCUGCAGCAGUAGUUUUUCCUUUGCUUUUUAAACAUUGGGGUUUCUGUUUUGUUUUGGUUAAGUUUACGGAUGCAUGAAGUAAGGGAGUGAAUUAGUUUCUUGUUUAUAUUUUUUUCUUCACCUUGGGAAAAUAAUGUUUCUUUGAAACAUAUUUUAAUGCAUUCUUUGAAGAGGUAGAUUGAACCUGAUAACAUUUGGUACAUUUUUUUUGUGGCUCCCAGAGCACAAUUUUGUGAACAGAGGGAGGGUGGAAAAGGGAUUAUGGAGAGAGAAGAAAAAGAAAUCCUUCUUCAAGGCGUGACAUUUCACGUCCUGUUCAUCUACAAACUAUGACAGUAAUGGGUAUAAUGCUAUGUUUUAUUUUCUGAUGACAUGGCUGAAAUGCAGUAGUUUCUUAUUUGGGACAUAAUUCUGCCAAAUGUAAGAACAGAAGGGCACAAAAAAUACAGAAAAGAAAAAUACAGGGAUGCAAAAAAAGGAUAAAGGGGGUUGAGGGGGAAGGACAAAAAAAGAGGAAAACAAAAAAUUGCAUCUUCUGUUGCUUUAAGACCAUAGCUAAAAUAUGGUUAAAUUGUGCACUAUUGUGGAAAGGAGCAAAGUAUAGCUGGGGGAUUGUUUUCAAGAGGUUAAGAUCUUUCUGGACAAGGGUUCAUGCCACAGCUUCUUUGAGAGUCGCCCAUCAUUAUUUGUAGGAGCUUAGAUGUAUAAUUGUAACCAAACUCCAGUAUUAAAAGUAUCUCAUGUAAUUUUUCUUUAUUACAAAUAAAAAUCUUUGGCAUAUAUUUGAUAACACUGCCAUUAAGAGGCAAAAUGUUUACUACCUUAGAUUUAAAAAAAAACAACAAAAAACAAACAAAAACAAACAAAAAACCACACAAAAAAAAUACUUAAACAGAGGACUUGCUUCAAGUUUAUUUUAAUAGCAGUGAUUCAGCUUAUUUAAAAGAUGAAUACUUGCACUAAUUCCCCUGCUGCUCCAGUUCUGCAGUUUAUUGUAUCUUGUGACUACAUUUUUUUUUUCCAAAUAUAGGGUAGAUGUAAGCUGCUAUUUUUUUAAUAAUCACUACUAUAUAGUGUCUUUUACUCUGUUUACAAUAUCAAGUAUUUUUCUUACAAUGACAGAUGUAUAUGGCAAACCUUUUUCUGCUCAUGUGAUUAAAAGUAUACUGAUAGUGAUUUUAUUUGUAAAUGAUAGCAUGAGGUUGUGUUUACGCGUUUGUGUAGUUGAAAAGGUUGCAUCGUGUCUUGCAUAAGAUUCCAAGAGUGUAAAUUUGUAAAAAGAGAGGUUGUCAAAUUUAUGUCACAGGCAUUUUACUUAAGGAAUGGUUUAUAUUACAGAGCUUUGCAGAGUUACCAGUUUUAUAACACUAUGUCAAUCACAAAUGAUUUUGUGGCUUAUGAUUGCUAGUCUCUAACCGAGUUGGGUUGGGUUUUUUUUCCCCAUUUUGGGUUUCCCCCCCUCCCCCAAGUUAGGCAUAAACUGAUUUUUAUUGAGAUAAUGCAGCUUUGUCAUUUUUAACCAUUGUUCUUUAGGCAUUGAUUUCUGCUAUUUCCAUGGAAUAAGCACGACUUGAAGCAAGUCUGAGUUUGGCUAAGGUAGGGUAGCAAUUUGCCAGUGGUAAAGAGAAUUCAACAAUACAUUCUUUAUAUAUACCCCAGGAUUAUAAUACUAUCAUACACAACAUUUAAAAACCAACAAAAAGUCAUAUCCAUAGAAACAGUCAUCCACAGUGGUUCAGUGCCAGCUACUUUUUAGGGUUUUGGAACAUAUUACAAAUGCUUUGAGCAAUUACCCUGUGAGUUACGAUAUGUAGGAAACCUAAUAUAUUGAGUGUCUGGCACUUGAAAUACUGCUUUUAUUGCUGGAGGUCCAUGACUGUGGCUGACCUCUGUCAUUUAAUGAAAAGAAAAAAAAAAAGAAUAAAAAUAAAAAAAUUCUGUGCAAUAAUUUUAAACUGUGCUCCCAGGAAUAGACACAAAUGUUUUGAGUAUGUUUAAGCUGCAUUUUUUUUUGUUUAGCAAUGCAUUUGUCAAUUGCACUGAAUUUAAAUCUGAAAGUCAGAAGUGGUUCUUGAUAGUACUUUUGUAUUUUAAUAUGGACAGUUUAUUCAUUGUCAUAAAAGUAUUGGAUGAUUCUUUCAGCCAAUCUAAAUGAUUGUGGUGGAAUUCUGUGACAUAGCUGCAAAAUUACACAGCCAUGUUUUAGGGUGUUGCCAUUUUCCUCUUUCUCAAUCGUCAGCUGUUUUGGUUGUAAUUCUACCUGCUCAAGCAUAGUACCGCAUACUCAGAAGUAGCUACGACAGAGCUUCAGCAUCACAGGACCAGGGUUUUCAGGUGCUUGAAGCACAGUCCAGCAGGAAUGUCAGAUCUGUUGACCUGAGCACUCUGGAUGCACGGUCUGAGACCCCCAAUCUGGUCUUCAUCAGCAGUGCCCCACUGUAGUGGAGUGAUGCCAGUUUCCACUCUCAAAGGAUCCGGCCAAUAGGUAUUUUAUUGUUGUCCUUCACUAGCAUGCCACAGUGCUGCUCCUGCUCGCACCUCUUCUCGCCUCUUCUUUUAUACACUGUUCAAUGCAUGCGUGCAAGGUGUGCUGGGUUCUGUGAUUAUGUGAAGCAAAAAGGAAAAGAAAAAAGAAAAGGGUGAACCAUGACAUGAUUAUCUUUUAUAGCACCAAGACCUCGUGUUCAAUAGUGAGGUUGUCUGCCCAAACUGUUCCUUUGAAUUGAGAAUGCCAAACGUCAGUAGGACCCUAAUUUCAUAUAAAGGUAUGCACAUGCUUAGUUUUCCAAGUGUAAAGGCAGACGAGUGCAUAAGCCUUUGCAUACAUUACAGUUCCCAUUUUUUCCAGUUCAGCAUGUUAAUGGGCAAAUAUCCAAAUAGAGGAUAAAAAAGAAGGGGAAAAAACAGGCUCAGAGUUAAUGAUAGAAUAAGAAAUUAACUGCUCUUGAGUUCACUGUCUUUAUAAGCAUCCAUCUCAGAAUCCUGUUUCUCACUUCUGCAUAAUUAGGUCCAGGUUUCUGUAGAGUUCCUCUUUUUCUAUUUUUACUUUACCUUUUCCUGCAUUUUUAAAUUGAUGUAAAGAUUCCCAACCAGUGGACUUUUUAGUGUAGUUAAGAGAAUAUCUAGGUCCUCAUAAAAGCUUUUUUAGACUCUUUGUAAUGUUGAUAAACUCAGUUUAUUCUGGGACUACAAUUGUGCAGGGUUAUUUAGCGUGUCUACUAGAUGAUUGGAAAUCUUAUAUGAAACACUAAAAGUGCCUCUUUUUCUGGGUUGGGUGGAGGGAGGUAAUAGUUACCAGAGUCAGAAUGACAUGGCAUUUGGAAGCAUGUUUCUUGAUUUCAUGACACUUUAAUGCAUCUUGAGAGAAAGGCCAAAGAUUUCUAUCAAUUUUAAUUAAUUUUCAUUUUAAAAAGCACUCCUUUUUCCUUACACUGCUUACCUCAUGCUAGGGUAUUUAAUGGGACAUUGUACCUUCGAGAUGUUCUUUGUGUUUAGGAAGAAUAGUAGGUGGCAUCGGGCUGUUGUGCCAGUUUGCCUGCAGAGAAGUCUAAGCAGCUGAUGCAUUUAGUUCUGCUGAAUGAAGGAAUUUCAGUCCAAUGGCAAACUGGGGUUUUCAGCUUGUAAAUAAAAGGUUGUAUGCUUUUGCCUGUUUAGUGAAGAGGAGCCUUGGGACCUGAUUUUUUCCAACCAUUUCUUAACCAGAAAUCCCACUGUCUUUCACUUCAUGAGAAAACCUUGCCAGAACAAGCAGUGGAGGCGUUGAGUCUGUGUGAUGCUGUGUGCCACCUACAUAAAAUCAGCCCCAUCGCGCUCGAGUCAGGGCUCCUCUUGCCUUUGGUGGGGGUUUGCCAGAGCAGGGCCUGUCAGAUUUAGCCCAGCCUUUCUUUUCUAUUGACAAGCGUGAUAGCUUCUCCCUUCACCAAGGUCCUGUAGAGCCAUUCCCCAGUGGGAUCAGUUUCACACUCUCCAGAAGUCUGAAGAAAGCAGAAGCAACAUUGUGGCAUGUUAGAAGCAAAUAAGGCUUCGGGAGACAGCAGUAAAUCUCCAUCAAGAUCCCUGAUAUUUUCUUUAGGGAGAGAGCCAUGGAGCAGUCUUCACUUCUCCCUCUAGAGAAAGCUCUGAAAUACCACGCUCUGUGAAAGUGUGACUGUCUUCACUGUCAGUCUGAUGGCAGGCAGACGAACCAGGCAAAUCUGCCGUUCCUUGCGGAUUGCAGAUUUAGUGUUUAUAGUGCUUCAGAUAAUUCGCUUUUCUCUGCCUUUGAGUUUUGAAGCUUGACAAUAACUUGAGGCAUGUUUUUGUUUUGGUUUUGGGUUGUUUGUUUUUUUUUUUUUCUUUUAAAAAAUAAUCAUUCAUUUUUACUUCAUAAUGUUUUUUGGCAUUUGUGGGUAAAUACAAGAGAACAGUCUGCAUGUUGUUGCUAGUCCAGUGUACUUUGCAAUCUUGUCCUCAACAGACUGCAGUGUGCAGAACAGUAAUUCUAGAAUACAGAAGUAAUUUUCUCUCUCUCCUGACAUGGACAUUGUAGUUGUAAUGGUUUCAUUUGGAGUUACAAAUCCUUUGGGUCUAAUUCUGUGAGCCUACCUAUAGCACUGGAUUAAAAUGUCUGCAUCAUUUCUUCAGUUAUCCAGUUAAAUUACAACUGUUGUAAAAGUGUAAACCAGCCCAUGACAGUUUUUUGUACUUGUUUAAAGGACUUUUAUUGUUCAGUUUUCAUGAUUAUUGUCUGAAGAAGACUGACAUAGAUGUUCUAUACUGUCCUGGACCAUGUUAAUUACACUUUAUGAUGUAUUUUGGUUCUACAUCACAAUGAUUUGUCCCCAAGGCCCUUAUAUCCCUUCUAGGCACAUUUUCUGUUGCAGUUUCCCUUUGCAUUGUAUUGCUUUGACAACUGUAAUUUGAAUCAGAUCUGAAAGAGGUCCAGAAUAAAAUAUAUUUUGAUAUUA